CAACGGUCUACCAGUUCCUAAACGUAGGACCACUGGACCCCACUUAGAGACAGAUCGCACCGUUGGAUGCUAUCAUGUGAAGUUUAAACCGACAAAAUUGGAGGGAUAGGGAAGUUAAGGGGAAAGAGAGAGGGGGGGAUGACGAUAAUGGGGUUGUUAUCCACGGAAUCAGCUUUCAGGGCUUGCUUUGCUCCUGCAACUCGGAGACCCUUAUGGGUUCCUCAAGCCCUUCUUUCAACAGCCAUGGCCGAAGCUCCUCAGAAGACUUGCAAGCGGAGCGAGAGACUCGUACUGUGUGUGAGCAAGAGAGAGCUUGGACUCUUCAUGCUUCUGGGUUUCCCAAUUGCCAGUGUUUCAGUGCUGUUAGAUGUGGCAAUGGCUGAAGAUCAACAGUUGGAAAGGUAUACGGAUUCCAAGGAGGGUUUCACUCUUCUCAGACCUUCUUCAUGGGUUAAGGUUGACAAGGCAGGAGCGACGGUUCUGUUCGAAGAGGUGAACAAGGGAAGCAACAAUGUUGGGGUUGUGGUUAGCCCUGUUCGUCUAACUACCCUUGGAGAAUUUGGGGGCCCCCAGUUUGUAGCUGAAAAGCUCAUCCAAGCUGAAAAACGCAAGGAAAGUACAAAGGAUGCUGAGGUGAUUGGAGUUUCUGAGAGAGCAGGUCAUGGAGGUCUGCAAGUGUACGAGUUUGAGUACAAAGUAGACAGCACCAGGGGAGGGAUGAAAAGGAUCUUUUCUGCUGCAUUUGUAGCUUCUAAGAAGCUUUAUCUUAUCAAUAUUUCUUACUCUGACCAACCAGAGAAUCCAAUUGAUACCCCAACUAGAAUGACACUGGAAAAAGUUCUUCAUUCCUUUGAUACAGCAUCUUUGGCUUAACUAAUAGUGCAACUCAUUCUUUAAUAGCCAACCAUCUCAUAUUGCUAGACAUGCUCAAGUUUCUAAAGCCAGUGAUAGUUCUGCAUGACUUUCAUCUGCGUUAAACCAUCCUCAGCUUCCAGGUCAAUUUUUAAAUGAUGUGUUCCGACAGCGUUAAUCUUUGAAUUCAUUUUUCUGCACUGAAGGGAUUUGAGAAAAUAAGCUUUAAAAUUCUUCUGGUUCUCCCUCUUCCGUCUCAAGCUCACUCUGUCAAAGGAUUCAUGUUUUAGGAACCUGCAAGACCAUUUAAGAUGGUUUAGCUCAUGAGUUAGUCCGACCACCAUUGUGGCAAAUCUAUCUCCUCAUUUCAUUUGGUACAACAGCUGCCUUUCAACUAAUGACCCCCAUUUUCUGGGAAAAAAUCUCAUAAUACAGGUGCAUUUCUUUGGCUUUAAAAUCUUCUGAUCCAACUGUUAAUUCACAUGCCACGUUGCCUUUACUGUUAAUUUGUACUUUGUUUACGAAUCAUAGUUAUACAUGGUUGGGCUCAUUUUUCCUUC